UCUUUUCCAGCUAUUUCCUUAGCAAACAAGGCCUUCCCACUUUAUUCUCAUUCUUUCCCUCCCUUGUGUCAAACACUUUCUCCAUUAAAAUCCAUUCACUGCCUCUCUCUCUCUCUCUCUCCAUGGCGAAAUUCACAGGUGCAGUGGUCAUCUUGUUGAUUGCAGCCAUGGACGUCACAGCCGGAAUACUUGGAGUUCAGGCAGAAAUGGCUCAAAACAAGGUGAAACACAUAAGAUUUUUAGGCUUAUUUGAGUGUAGGCAGCCAAGCCACCAAGCCUUUAGGCUUGGUGUAGCUGCUGCCUCCAUUUUACUGCUUGCCCAACUCAUUGCAAACUUUAUUGGUGGAUGCAUUUGUAUCUCCUCACGUGAAGACUUGGAAACCUCCACAGCUAACAGACAAGUAGCCGCAGGGUGCCUUGCUCUCUCUUGGAUCAUACUAGCAGUGGCCUUUUCCCUCCUGAUUAUCGGGGCUCUUGCAAACUCACAUUCGAAAGGUUCUUGUGGAUUCUCUCAUCACAAUUUCUUGGCAAUCGGCGGGAUCCUGUGCUUCGUCCAUGGAGUCAUCUGCGCAGCAUAUUACGUCUCUGCAACUGCACAUUGACCGAAAAUGAAAAACCUCAUAGAAGAGAUGUCAUCCAUAUGGCUGAAAGAGGACAUCAUGCCGAGCAUCACUAGCUCCUCUUCUUCUAGGAAUUGUGCUUGGGGUUUAUUGAUUAGCUGCUGAAUCUGGAGUUUGAUUCCAACCACUGAACUAGCACAAAAAAAAAAAAAACCUCUUAUUAGCGCUUUUCCUUUACUUCUUUGCUUCAAUUUUCAUAGUUUUUGAGACGAAUACGUUGAGAAAUACAUGACUUCAUAUUAUAUAGCUAGUGGAAUAAUACUAUGACUUUGAUUUA